AUGGCCGCUAAGUCGGACGGGAGGCUGAAAAUGAAGAAGAGCAGCGACGUGGCGUUCACCCCGCUGCAGAACUCGGAGCACUCGGGCUCGGCGCAGGGACUGGCCCCGGGCCUGCCGUCGGGGUCGGGAGCCGAGGACGAGGAGGCUGCCGGGGGCGGCUGCUGCCCGGACGGCGGCGGCGGCUGCUCGCGCUGCUGCUGCUGCUGCUGCUGCUGCGCGGGGAGCGGCGGCUCGGGCGGCGGCUCCGGGGUCUCGGGCGGCCCGGGCGGCGGCGGGGCGGGCUCGGCGGCGCUGUGCCUGCGCCUGGGCAGGGAGCCGCGGCGCUACUCGCUGUGGGACUGCCUCUGGAUCCUGGCCGCCGUGGCCGUGUACUUCGCGGACGUGGGCACGGACGUCUGGCUCGCCGUGGACUACUACUUGCGCGGCCAGCGCUGGUGGUUCGGGCUCACGCUCUUCUUCGUGGUGCUCGGCUCGCUCUCGGUGCAGGUGUUCAGCUUCCGCUGGUUCGUGCACGAUUUCAGCACCGAGGACAGCGCCCCGGCCGCCGCCGCCUCCGGCUGCCCGCAGCCGGGGGCCGAGUGCAAGACGGUGGCCGGCGGCGGGUCUGCAGCCGCGGAAGGCGAGGCUCGCCCUUCCACGCCGCAAAGGCAAGCGUCCAGCGCCAGUAAGAGCAACGUCGCCGCCGCCAACAGCGGCAGCAACAGUAGCGGGGCCCCCCGGGCCGGCGGCAAGCGCAGGUCUGCGUCCUGCUCCUUCUGCAUCUGGCUCCUGCAGUCGCUCGUCCACAUCUUGCAGCUCGGGCAAAUCUGGAGAUAUUUCCACACAAUCUACUUAGGUAUUCGAAGUCGACAGAGUGGGGAGAAUGACAGAUGGAGAUUUUACUGGAAAAUGGUGUAUGAGUAUGCAGAUGUGAGUAUGCUGCAUUUGCUAGCCACCUUUCUGGAAAGUGCUCCACAGCUGGUCCUGCAGCUCUGCAUUAUCGUACAGACUCAUAGAUUACAGGCCCUCCAAGGAUUCACAGCGGCAGCCUCCCUCGUGUCUUUGGCUUGGGCCUUGGCCUCUUACCAGAAGGCUCUCCGGGACUCUCGAGAUGACAAGAAGCCCAUUAGCUACAUGGCUGUUGUCAUCCAGUUCUGCUGGCAUUUCUUCACCAUUGCUGCCAGAGUCAUCACCUUCGCCCUCUUUGCCUCAGUUUUCCAGCUGUACUUUGGGAUCUUCAUCGUCCUCCACUGGUGCAUCAUGACCUUCUGGAUUGUCCACUGUGAGACAGAAUUCUGUAUCACCAAAUGGGAAGAGAUUGUGUUCGACAUGGUGGUGGGGAUCAUCUACAUCUUCAGCUGGUUCAACGUCAAGGAAGGCAGGACACGCUGCAGGCUCUUCAUUUACUAUUUUGUGAUCCUGCUGGAAAAUACAGCCUUGAGUGCCCUCUGGUACCUCUACAAGGCUCCCCCAUUUGCAGAUGCGUUUGCCAUCCCAGCACUGUGUGUGGUGUUCAGCAGCUUUUUAACUGGCGUCGUUUUUAUGCUGAUGUAUUAUGCCUUCUUUCACCCCAAUGGACCCAGAUUCGGGCAGUCACCCAGUUGUGCUUGUGAGGACCCAGUCGCUGCCUUCACCCUGCCUCCAGAAGUGGCCACCAGCACGCUCCGGUCCAUCUCCAACAACCGCAGUGUCGCCAGCGACCGCGACCAGAAAUUUGCAGAGCGGGAUGGGUGCGUACCUGUCUUUCAGGUGAGGCCCACGGCUCCGUCCACCCCGUCAUCUCGCCUGCCACGGAUUGAAGAAUCCGUCAUUAAAAUUGACCUGUUCAGGAAUAGGUACCCAGCGUGGGAGAGACACGUUUUGGACCGAAGCCUUCGAAAGGCCAUUUUAGCCUUUGAUUGUUCCCCGUCUCCUCCGAGGCUGCAGUACAAAGAUGAUGCCCUGAUCCAGGAGCGGUUGGAGUAUGAAACCACGUUAUAAGAUGCAAGGCCUUGGAGGAGCCACAACCUC